AUGAAAAGGCGUGCAGAAGGCGCGCUGGUGGACCAGCUUGACUGCAAAGGCGUGCAGAUGUGCGUCGAGUGCCAGAAGGGGUGUGACGAGCCAUGCAACGGGCUCACCGGCUUGGAGCUCACCGAGUGCCAACAGGGCCGCACCUACGCCCACAACUGGCGGAUCAGGUACUACCCCCAUGCUCAUGAAGGCCACAUCUCCCUCUACCUCGAGCUCGACCGUAGCAGCGCCGUUGAUGCAGCCGGCGACGUCAAGUUCAAGUUCAGCUUGCUCGAUCAGUCCGGGAACCCCGUGCCCAAGUUCACCCGCGCCACAACCAAGCCGUGCUCCUUCGAAGGCUUGUCGUCGCACCACGGUUUCCGCGACUUCAUCAGGUGGAAAGAUCUCGAGGAGUCCGGGUGCCUCAAGGACGACGCCUUCACCAUCCAGUGCGACGUCGCCUUCACGACGGAUCUGGGGGGCUCCACGACCAACGACGCCGCAGCUCCGGCGACCGCCGCCGUGCCGCCGCCGCCGCCGGCGACCAACCCUCACGAGCACCUCAUCACCGACAUCCUGUGGAAGCACAAGCGAUGGGUGGACGUCACCAUCGACGUCGGCGGCGAGGCCACGUUCGACGCGCACGGGUGGCUCCUCGCCGCGCGCUCCCCGGUCCUGGAGGCGGAGCUCCUCGCCGCCUCCUCCAAGGAGAAGAAGUCCGCCGCCGGCGCCGCCCACCGCCGCAUCGAGAUCCAGGGCGUGGAUCCCAAGGUGUUCAAAGCGGAGGAGGAGGACGCCAUGGCGAUGGCGCAGGGGCUGCUCGCGGCCGCGGACAGGUUCAAGCUCGACAGGCUUAAGCUGGUGUGCGAGGAGACGCUGUCCAGGCGCAUCGACGUGAGCACGGCGGCCGGAACCCUGGCGGUGGCGGAGCAGCACGGCUGCGGAGCCCUCAAGGCCGCGUGCCUCGAGUUCAUGGCUCGGCCAGGGAACUUGGCGGCGGUCAUGGAGACGGAGGGCUACGACAAGGCCAAAGCAGGAAUCGCUAGCGUUGUUCUGACGGAGGUUUUCUUGAAGCAGGCGGCUCGCAUGAUAUGA